AUUGACGCAUUAUUAAAACCAGCAUCUUGUAGCUCGUCUGCCAAAGAUUUAUCCAUAGAUGAUUUCAUGAAAGAAUUAUCCGUGUAAAGGUGUUGCAGCGUCCAAUCAUGUGCUAUAAUUUGCUCGAUGUUUGCUUGUGGCUUUAAGGAUAGCUGCGUGAGUUCGGGGGAUGAACGUUGUAAAGGCAGGAAGAACAAAUCUAGUAUGUGUGUGUGUGUUUCCCCCCCAGACACAUAAAGCCUGCAGGGAACUGAUUCAAUGUACAGCUCUCACUAGAAUUAUCUAUGGAAAUGGACACUGGAGGUUGGCACAGGCGCUCGCCAAUCUUGCUCACAGUUACCUGACACUUCAAGGUCUUCCUGUGCAGGCUAUGCACCAUGCAAAUUCAGCUAGAUACACCAUCUCCACAGGGAAAGGCACCCCUUCUGCAUCCUCAGAAGAAAGGGGAGAGAUUCUGAGCACUCUUGUCACCAUCUACUAUACUUUGGGUGUAGCAAACUUGAUGCAAAAAAAUGGCAAAGAAUCCUACUACAAUCUCCAGAAAGCUGAAAGGAUUAUGGAAGAACUGAAGGGAACAAAUAGGAGAGGAACUCCUGAACUUAAAGUAUCUAAGAGAGACCUUCUUGUAACACUGGGCAGGGCAAGUUCGCAACAAAACAAGUUAGACUUGGCAGUUGGGCAUUUUGAGAAAGCAAUUGAUGCUAUAAUUUCAGCUGAAGGAAAGAUGGCUCCAGAACUGAUAAAUCUCUAUCAGGAAAUAGCCCAAAUCAAACAAGUGAAGGGAAACCACAAAAAAUCCAUUGAAUAUUUGUUACAGGCCCACUCCAUUUCACUAGCUCUGCACAAGAAAUUCAGUGCUGAAGCUGCAUCAACAGCAUUGUUACUGGGCAAGGCUUAUACUGCAACUGGAGAAGAAAAGCAUGUGGAGGCUGCUGAAAUGUACUUCAGUGAGAGUCUUGAGGCCUACAAAGUAGCGCUGGGGAUAAACCAUUCUCAGACAAUUAGUGCCCUGGAAGACUUCAGUAAAUGGCUUGGACGAGUAGGGAAAAGAAAGCAAGCCUACGACUUACUCAAAGAGUCAUUCAAAUCUCAGCAGGAUCCCUGCAGCGAUUUUAAUGAACAAGCAGUUGAAAGAUUGUAUAUUAUGGGCUGCAUCUGCCUAGUGGAGAAGAAGAUAAGGGAGGCUUUUCAACUGCUCAGUAAGUGUGCACAGAUCCAGGUUGCUAUUUAUGGAUCCCAUCACAGGAAAUCCAAAAAGAUCCAAGAACUCCUGGACAUGCUGAAGAUGUAAGUUUUAUCAAGAGUUAGGAUGUAUUACCAGAGGAGGGGAAUCACAAAUUAUAAGAAU